UGCACACGCAAUGCGCGCGCCAGUUGGCUCAAGUUAUUUUUGACCUGUUUUUCUUUAUGUUGCGGAAUUUGCCAUACCGGUAAAGCGUGAGGUAUUGGCAUCUCUCUGGUAAGUUCCAUUUAUCUCUGGGUGUGAGCGCGUGGAAUGCUGUGUAACUUGGUUCAGCGCUGAUCAGUUUUUUCGCAAGGAAUUGAUUAUCUCGACCAAGGGAAAAGUGUAUCAACAUGUCUUUCAACAAGGAUCCUGAGAAACCUGCGACUGAGCAGCCAACUAUUCAUCGAAUUCGAAUUACGUUGACUUCACGUAAUGUUCGUAGCUUGGAGAAGGGAAGUGUUAAAAUUGAAAAUGGGCGUCUCAAAGACAACGGUGAACAAAGAGAUACAAAUAUUAAGCAGCCUUUGACCAUGAGAGUUUGCUCUGAUCUAAUUGUUGGAGCCAAGAAACAGAAGCUUCGUGUGAAGGGACCUGUGCGAAUGCCAACUAAAGUGCUUCGUAUAACAACAAGGAAGACACCUUGUGGUGAAGGAUCAAAAACCUGGGACCGCUUUCAAAUGAGAAUACAUAAACGUGUGAUUGAUUUAUUCAGUCCGUCAGAAAUAGUGAAGCAGAUUACUUCCAUCAGUAUAGAACCUGGUGUGGAAGUGGAAGUUACAAUUGCUGACGAGUGAACGUGUUUUCAAGAUAAUGUGGGGGAAAAAAAGAAAUAAAAAUUUCUGAUAUUAGUUACUUUAUUUAAAUAUUUUACCCCAUUCCUGCUCCCAAACAAACCUUAUCAUGCACCAAGAUAAGAAAACAACUGGCCCAUGUUUUAUCAAUUUAAAAAAAUGGAAUGGAUUUUGCUAUCGCACUAAAAAGAAAUGCUAUGUUCAGAAAUGAAAUGCUCGGUUUUUGCACUUGUCGUAGCAGUGUAAAUGUGGCUUCAUUAAAUUUUGAUACUUAAACAUACUGUAAUGGAUUGUGCCACCGUUAUUUUAUUAUUGCGCAAUACUUUUGUUUUACCCUAUAUUACUCUACAAACUUGCUUGAACCUUCUUAUCGUUUUAGAAUACUCUUGUCUACAUUAAUUAUUCAAGCUAUAUUACAAAUUAUAAAGCUUAUUCAUACAAUAAGUUUGCAUUUACAGCACAUUGGGAUUACAGAGUGUAUGGGCUAAAUAUGUUAGAAUAGAUAUGUUUGGAAUGUGUAAACAAUGUAACUAGUUUCAUAUUUGUACUAUAAUCUCUUGCUGUGUAGAUUGAUAAACAAAAAUAGUCCUCUUAUCAGCUGCUGUGCUUAUUUCAGUAUUGGAGUAUGAUAAUCUUGUUACUGCAAAUUUUGAUACUGCACAUAUCUCCUGUUGAAAUGACAGUAUGGAUAAUAUAG